AUGUAUUACUUUGAUAACGAGUCUUUCCGACACCUGGUGGCCACUGCUCCACCCAAUAAUAUGGUGUUCAACACAGACUUACAAUAUGAACAUAAUGUGUCUUGGUCAAAAUCAGUCAAUGAAUGCAAGCGGUUACUGCAAUAUCUAUGUGGCCUAACACCAUUUACUAUUAAUUUAAACCUUGAUAAUUUGGCUCAACCUUUGUUAAAUGAAAAUCAAUUACCAGGCAACAAUGCUAAGAAACCACAGAUAAAUCCUAAAAAGCCAUUUGAGAAAAUAGCCAGCACAUCCCACGAAACUAUAACAAUCCUAUUAUUGGGUGAGUCGGGUGUGGGAAAGUCGACUUUCAUCAACGCGUUCGUUAAUUAUAUAACAUAUGAAAAUAUGUACCAGGCCAAGGAAAGGCCAAUUUGUCUCAUACCAGUAAACUUCACAAUUGCCGACAGAGAGACAUACCGAUUAAGGACAGUGACCCUGGGCACACAGGAUAAUAAUGAAAAUACCCAAGAUGCUACUGAAUCGGUCACUCAAUAUCCCAAAUGCUAUAAGUUUGAGAUUGGCAAUGUUACCCUGAAUAUAAUUGAUACUCCGGGUAUUGCCGAUACAAAGGGUAUUGAUAAGGAUAACACAAGUAUGAGAAACAUUUUGAACUUUAUUAGCAAUUAUCGGGAAAUUAAUGCCAUUUGUGUGCUCUUGAAGCCUAAUAACGCGAAAUUGUUCAGUCACUUGAAUAAGUCUGCGGCCGAUAAUAUCCUAUUUCUGUUUACCAACGUCCGGUCCACACAAUACGCACCGGGAGAUACCGGACCCGCAUUGAUAACAUUGUUGGAUCAAAUCAAAGAGAGACCUCCGUUUGUGGACAUUAAGUACGGCAAACCCACGAUCUAUUGCUUCGACAACGAGGCCUUUUGGUUCGCAGUGGCGUCGGCACCGCCUAAUAACAUAGUGUUUGACGACAUGUUAACACGUGAUUACGAAGUCAGUUGGGAAGGAUCAGUCAAGGAGUGCGAUCGACUAUUGGAGCGAAUCAUAUCCCUGUCCCCUCACAUAGUGAUGGAAACCCUAUCUCAAAAUAACGCCAAACAACACAUCAUUUUAUUGACCCAACCGUUGGCAGACAUCGCCAAAAAUAUCUCGGAUAACGUUAAAGAGUGCGAACGACACAAACGAAAGAUUCACGAAUUCACGGGUAAUAUAAAAGAUCUCCAGAAGGAACUUGACAAGAAGUGCUGCACUCAAGAGAAUAUCAAUGGAAACAUUAAGACCCAUUACAAAACCAACUGUCAUUCACCUUGCUACUUGAAACAUAGCGACGGCAAUAUUGUGGGCAAUAAGGGUCUACUCAACUGUAAGGCGUUUAAUAAGUACGAAAGGACAGGACCCGAUCACUGGGAUUACCCUGAUGAUUUGGUGCCGGAUACUAAUAUUGAGCUCAAUAAAGAUGGUAAACUGUUAUUGCAUACGGUAAGCACAACUAAAUCGGACAAGUGUUUCGGGUGCGGCCACUCCUAUCAAACGCACCUACAUAUCAAUUACGAGACAAAGAUCGUUAAGAAACAGGUCCGGGAUGAGAGCAAGUAUGAGCGCAUAACUACCGCCAAAGAAAUGUCCCUGGCUCAAGAAAAGCAAAUUAAAAAGCUUGAGAGUAAGAUCCAAGAGUUGUCCGAGGAAAAUCUUAUCAUAACUAAAGCCACGGCCAAGUUUCCGUGUUUCCUUUAA